CUCUCUCCUUUUCGCUCUGUGUGUCUCUGCCUCUCUCCCUCACGAAGUCAUUUUGAAGUGUGAGAUCCAUGUGGCUAGUUCGCCGGCACGUUUGCCGUCACCAGAGGGGAAAGGGAUAAAGGGACAGAAGACAAAAACAGCGCGACAGAGUAAUCACAUGGGCAGAACAUUUAGUACCCUGGAUAUGAGAUGAGAGGGGCGGGCUUGCAUUAGGCGCUAUAGAUGGUUGAAAAUCAACCAACUGAAAAUCCAGAGGGUCACUGGCUGUUUCGGGAAAGGAAUAAUAACCUAAAAAAGGAGCACAAGAAAAUUGUUACUGUGUGAUGCCCACACGCAGAAAUGACCACUGAUCAGGAUCUGCCCAUGGAUGGCCCGUCAGCCACAGCUGUGUUUGCUGCAAAGGGUAUUGAUGUAACACCUGAUAAAGACCAAGGAGUUAUCAAGGUUGUGAAGCGUCAGGGGCUAGAUGGAGACAGGCCAAUGAUUGGGGACAGAGUGACCGUCCACUACACUGGGAAGCUACUCACUGGGAAAAAGUUUGACUGUAGUCGAGAUCGCAAAGAACCCUUCUGCUUCAAUGUGGGCAAGGGACAAGUCCUCAAGGCUUGGGAUAUUGGUGUGUUGUCCAUGCAACGGGGUGAGGUGUGCACGUUUCUGUGUAAGCCAGAGUAUGCUUAUGGAUCUGCCGGAAAUCCUGACAAAAUUCCUCCCAGCUCUUCAGUAGUGUUUGAGAUGGAGCUACUCAAGUUUGAAGGAGAGAUGCUGACAGACGAUGGUGGCAUCUUAAGAAGAAUAAAGGUCAAAGGGGACGGUUACAGUAAUCCCAACGAUGGAGCAACUGUUGACGUGCACCUGGAGGGAAGCUGUGGUGGUCGACUGUUUGACUGCAGGGAUGUCAGCUUUAUUGUUGGUGAGGCUGAAGAUAAAGGGAUUCCUCGUGGAGUGGACCAAGCCAUGGACAAGAUGCAGAAAGGAGAGUGCUGUGUACUUUACUUAAAACCAAAGUAUGGCUUUGGAAGUGAAGGUAAACCAGAGUACAAAAUUGGGCCAGACAAAGACAUCAUAUACGAAGUUACCCUCAAAGACUUUCAAAGGGCUAAAGAAUCCUGGGAAAUGGAUUUAAAAGAAAAGCUGGAUUUGGCUCCUGGGGUUAAGCAUAAAGGGAAUCAGUAUUUUAAGACAGGACGGUACUACCAGGCUGUCACCCAGUACCAGCGCCUCGUUGUCUGGCUAGAAAUGGAGUGUGGCAAUGGGGUAGAGCAGCAGAAGAGGAUACAGGACUUUAUUUUGACAUCACACCUCAAUUUAGCGUUGUGUUUCCUGCGGAUAAAAGAGUUCACACAAGUAGUAGACAAUUGCAACAAGGCGAUUGAGCUUGAAGAGAACAAUGAGAAGGCUUUGUAUCGCCGCGGGCUGGCCCGUCUCCUUCGUAACGAGUUCAGCUUGGCCAUGGCAGACUUUCAGCAAGUGCUGCAAGUCAACCACUCAAAUCGAGCAGCUCGUGCUCAGAUUUCCAACUGCCAGAGGAAGAUUAAGGAACAUCAUGAACAGGACAAGAAGACCUACGCCAACAUGUUCCAGAAAUUUGCAGAAUGGGAUGCCAAGAUUGGGAAGACAAAGAGGAGACGGGAUGAAAGCGUGAGGAGUGGCAUGAAUGGUGAAGUGGGCAUUAAACGACGCCGGAGGAGUCGGGACUAUCCAUCAUAACAGUGACAUUUAAAAGACAAAAACAAAGACAUGCCUCCCUUUGCUUUCCGAGCCCAGAGAGCAGAGGCAGGAACAAAGUCAUAUAUAGGCCUCUAACCCAAACAUCUUUAUCCCAAAAUCCAUCGUUACCAUUCCUGCAUAUAAAACGGUGGGUGUAAGCAGGGACGUUUGCAAGCCAAACAGCAUUUCCUCUGUCACAUGGACUGUACAGCUGCCAGGAUGUACCUCCCUGUGUAAGUAGUACAGCAGAAUCAGUGCGUUAAGAUUGGUGAGCACUUCUAGCCUCUGCCUUUUAUUUAGAAAACAAUACAGUUUAUUUCUUCAAAAACACAGAGGAAUUCCAUUUUUUGCCAUUAGGUUAUUGUGUGGAGUUGAGAUGUUUCCGAUUCCCAAAGUGUACUUGUUGGUUUUCAGACCUCUGAUUUGUAUUUAGUAUGAAGCCUUUUUCUUGGGCAGCUGCAUGCAUGUAUCAUGAGGUAUUUGAAAGCUUGAAACAUUGCUAUUUUUUUAAAUGUGCAAUAUGUACUUUGGGUAAAAGGUGUAACAAGACCCAUUAGCUAAGUGGUAUUUCAAACAGAAACACAUAAUGUAACUGAAUUCCUAAAAAAAAUAAAUCAAAAAUAACAACAGAGUAGGAAAGCCUGCAUUCAUUUAAUGUAAAACUCAAUAUACAAAAAUACUUCAAGUCCAGCACAAAAAAACUUAAACCCUCCUCCAAUAAUGAAACAUCAAUAUUGUCAUAAAUCACUGACCUCAAGUUUCCAAUCAGCAGAGGAUAGAAUCUGAGAAAAGCACAAACUACAUAAAAUACCAAAACGGUAAUUUUGGUGUUCUGGCAAUUCCCAAUUUUAGGUUAUUGCUAGUAACAGCCGAAUUAAUAUGAGAUUAAUUUAUGACAUUAAGCUACUAACCAUAAAGCCUGUAACAAAACCUAAACUGUGGUGUAGAGAGAUUAUUUCCAGAAGUACAACUCAAAUUUUGCCCCUUGUUUUGGGCAAAGAUGAGGCAUUGUUUUACAAAGAUGGAAAAGGCCACAGCCAUGCACUAAAAUAAUUUAUUCAUGAAUACACACAUAAUAGGUUGUUAUUAAUUUAAUAAACUUGUGUUUUAUCCAUUACACACAUUAUGCAGUGCAAACAAUGCUUUUUAUGAGAAGCCAGUCCAAAAUUCUAGUUGAUCAAGUAAAACAACUGAUAAGAGGCGUCUAUGGAAGUGAUAACAGAUGAUAAAAUCAUUUUUUGAUGGACUGAUUUAAAUUUAACCUGAAGGCAGCUGAAAAAACUAAAUCCUUCUGCACCUCUGACUUUAGUGACCGACGACUCACAGUUUUUUCUUCUGUUGCACUCAUUGUAUGCUUAUCUAUAUGCUAAUUGCAUAAACAGCAUGGCACAAUCUUCAACGCACAGAAAUACUUAAUUCAACAAGUGAAAACAUGCAGCAUUUCUUUGAUUAACCUCCAUCCUCAUGAUUAUGAUUCAAACUUCUCACAAAAGGAAUUUGAUUAAAAAAUCACCCCAUUCCCAUCUUUGUAUUUGAGAGAGCAGAUACACUAGAAUUAACUCUCUGAGAGUGCAAGUGAGAUAGGGACACACACACCGCAAUUAAGCUUUAAAAUCAUCAGAACCACAUGUUUCACAAAUGUCACGAAUUCUUGCUCUGGUAAUGCGAUCAACUACAUCCUUUUUCAUCUGUGUAGUUCUUUUUGCCUGAGUCCCGGAACAGGUGUCUCUUUAUUUCACUGCAUUUUUUAAAUGUGUGAAUGUUUGUAGAUAGUGGACAAUGAUGCACUUUGGUGACUGUCAAACCAACACUGUUAUCUUGUCAUAAUAAUGUCUGGAUAAAAUCUUGACAAUAAUCUCGCAAUGUUUUUUAAACAUUGGUUGGUUCUGAAUGAAAACCUUAGCUGUCUUAAAUAUUUUGUUUUAAAAAAAAUUCAACAGUGUGUAUGUGUGUUAUUAUAUAUUGUUGUUAACAAGGUUUUUAAACAGCGUUUUGCUAGAUGUUUUCAAGUACUGCUGGCUCUAAACAUUCAAACAUGUUGUAGUGUGGAAAUGAGCAUGAAGUAAUGUUUCCACCAAGUCCUAUUUAAGGAUAUACAAAAUAUUUAUCCCCCAUUGUCAAGUACAAAAAGAUUUCCAGGCCUCUUAGUGCUACAUCUAUUGUUGAUAACUUGAAAAUGCAAAUUACAGGCAUAAUUUAGAAAGAUAUGACAUAAACAAGCAGCAUAAAAUGCAGCUCGUUAAACACAGCCGACGUGAGAUUAUUAUGGCAUACAAAAUGUUUACAUGUAUUCAAAAGAUCUUUGCUGUGUAAAGCGUGAUCAGUGUUUUAAACCGUUUUCAGACAACAAAUUACAUAAGGUACCUUGUUCAUGUUUUCUAUACAUAUCCUUUUUUUCCUUUUGCACUUUAAAAGCAUUAAAUAAAUCCAAGAGUUGCACUCAAA